AUGUAUAGAGUAGGUAAACUCUGUGUAAAGGAGUUAUUGUUGAUAAUAUCGGACUUUCUUCCACUUGUCGAUCUCUGUUGUUUUUCUGUUUGCAAUAUUCGACAUUAUUGCUUGCUUUCAUGGAAAAUAAAUCCGCGGCUGCCUCUCACACCGACCCAGAAACUGUUGUUAUCAACCCGGUUAGCACAAGAUACACCAUCAUACUUCGCAUGCACUCGUUGCAAUUUGCUCCAUCGCUACGAUGGAUCCGAAAGCUUCGGGCUUAGUGGCUACGCCCGGGAAAGAACCUGUCGACUCCCCUGUGUCCAAACUUGGUUUUCGACAAGGGAUACUCUAGUUUUUCAUCGAUUGGACGCUCUCUGUGUUAAAGAGCUGUCUUUUCUCCACUUAUACCUUGCUAUGAGAAGGUUCUAUCAUGGCCCCCAAUGUGGAAUCAGCACCGAUUCUUUGUCACAUACACAAGUCUUCGAACAUCGUGUACGGGCUACCGCGAACAAGGUGACUUGGCUAUUUUCCCGGGAUGCACAAAUAUGCACCGAGCCUCUCGGCCUUUAUCUCAGGUUACAGGAUAUACUGCUUUCUCCAGAAUGGUGCGAUUUGAUUAGCAUGGUCUAUGAUGGAAACGUGAAUCCAUUGGCAACAUGUGCCCACCGUGAUAAGGAAGUUCUCCAAGCAGUGACACCCGAACUGUGGUCGCUCGAAAACAAAGAGAAGAACAUCACGAAAGCAGAUGGCUUUAUCGUGUCGUGCUGUGUCUGUAACACAGCCUGCGAGAUCGAUCUCUGUGAAAUCGACGACAAAAAAUCUAUAGUUAUGACAAGAUGGUUUAAUUUAGGACCUGGUCUAGACGAAACGGACAUGAUAUGGAAGACUAAAACCAAUUCGAGUUAUGAAGCCAUCGCAUACCUCGGAUUUGACCAAGACUACCCCGUUGAACAAUGCCCCAAGACUCGGUACGAAGAGACCGCACCUCAAUCAUUUGAGAACCUCCUCUUUCACAAUCUUUCGUAUCUCAGAGACAAGCAGUACAAAAAGGUCAUGCGUUAUGCAUGGGAACGGAAAACCUGGUACGAUCCAUUCAGAGAACCCUCUAACGACAAAAUCGUCAAUUUUGGGCGGUCCUUGCAGGCCAUUUUUGGAUGGUUUCCAAAUCCAACAUUCAAUUAG